AAUCGCCCUGUGGCGUUGAUCUUGAGUCGUCUCCUCUCGAAAACCCUCUAUUUUUUUCCCCUUUUGGUUCGUUCUCGAUCGGCAAAUCUAGGCUCGAGGGACUGAUUCGAUCUCACUUUCUUGCUUCCCGUCAAUGGAGUCAGAUAGCGUCGAUUGCGUUUCUCUAGCGGACGGGCUGGAUGAGGAGGAGGAGGUCGCCCAGCACGUCUCGUCCAAGCCGCAUACCGGAGUCUCCGCCGUCGCUGGGGUCGCUCCGGAGACCAGCGUCCACGAGCUGCUCGAAUGUCCUGUCUGCGCCAAUUCUAUGUAUCCCCCGAUCCAUCAGUGUCGUAAUGGGCAUACACUGUGCUCUACUUGUAAAUCGAGGGUGCAUAACCGUUGCCCUACAUGUAGACAAGAGCUUGGGGAUAUAAGGUGUCUAGCGCUGGAAAAAGUGGCUGAAUCGCUUCAGCUUCCUUGCAAGUACAACAGCUUGGGAUGUUCUGAAAUCAUUCCUUAUUACAGCAAGAUCAAGCAUGAAGCACAGUGCAACUUCAGACCUUACGGCUGCCCGUAUGCAGGAUCAGAAUGCUCAAUUGUUGGGGAUAUUCCUUCCUUGGUUGCACAUUUGAGAGAUGACCAUAAAGUAGACAUGCACACUGGAUGUACCUUCAAUCAUCGUUAUGUGAAGUCUAAUCCACGCGAGGUUGAAAAUGCAACAUGGAUGCUAACUGUUUUUUACUGUUUCGGUGAAUAUUUCUGCUUGCACUUUGAGGCCUUUCAAUUAGGAAUGGCUCCUGUAUACAUGGCCUUUCUCCGGUUCAUGGGCGAUGAGAAUGACGCAAGAAACUUCAGUUACAGUCUUGAGGUUGGGGGCAAUGGCAGGAAACUAAUAUGGGAAGGCACUCCACGCAGCAUUCGUGAUGGUCACCGGAAAGUCCGCGACAGUCAUGAUGGCCUUAUAAUACAAAGAAACAUGGCACUCUUCUUCUCUGGCGGUGACCGGAAAGAACUGAAGCUGCGAGUCACUGGACGGAUAUGGAAGGAGCAACCAAACACAGAUUCUUGAAAUUGUACUCCCAUUCUCAGAAGUUAAAUGUGCUACGAUUUAUCUUAUUCGACUACGUUGCUGCUUUAUCCAUGUUUCA